CAAUGGUUGGCCUCUAGUUAUUGGUGGUUGCUGUUUCUCACAGGAAGUUUCAGAAACCUGAUAAGAUGAUAAAGUUAAAUGUGUGGAAAUACCUCAGAAUCAGCAUACAAAUGAAGUUUCCUAACAUGGGUUUUGCUUAGCCGUUGUUCCUGUCUUCCUCUUUUCUAUAUCUUGUCCUAGUUAGAUUCUGAGUCACUCUGGUUGCCCUUUUGAAGGCUCUAAUGGUUUGAGCAAUCGGUUAUGGAGGUUUUUGGGAAAUGGGUGGAGGGUGGUUCUGGAAAUUGGUUGCAUAUUUGAAUGAAUGCAAAGUUAGGACAUUUCUAUCACCUAAAGCUUCAUGAUAGUUAGGUUAGGACUCAUAGUUGCUGCUUCAAUCGCAGCCUAUGCAGUUAAGCAGCUUAAUGUUAAAACCUCAAAAUCAGGUACUCAUGCUUAUUCACUAGCUUUUGGCUCAGAACAUGGUGAAGCAAGGCUUAAAGAGCAUCAAAAUGAGGGCACAGAAGAAGAGCAGAUCACAAGAUUUAUUGACGUUCUCAAAAAUAAGGAUAGGGAGGAGGAAGAGGAGAAAGAAGAGGUUAAGUUAAUUAGCAGCAUAAUUAAUCGAGCUAAUGAUUUUGAAGAUGAUAUUCUACCAGAAUUUGAAGAUCUUCUAUCUGGAGAGAUUGAGUUUCCAUUACCUACUGAUACUCCUGAGAAAGACAAAGUUUAUGAAAUUGAGAUGGCAAACAAUGCCAGUGAACUAGAAAGAUUGCGCCAGCUAGUGAAGGAACUGGAAGAGAGGGAAGUGAAACUUGAAGGAGAAUUGCUUGAGUACUAUGGUUUGAAGGAGCAGGAAUCAGAUAUUGUAGAGUUACAAAGGCAACUGAAAAUUAAGACAGUAGAAAUAGAUAUGCUUAAUAUUACCAUUAAUUCCUUGCAGACUGAGAGGAAGAAGCUUCAAGAAGAGCUCACACAUGGAGCUUCAGCCAAGAGAGAACUUGAGGUGGCAAGAAACAAGAUCAAGGAACUCCAAAGGCAGAUACAGCUUGAGGCUAACCAAACGAAAGGCCAGUUGCUGUUGCUUAAACAACAAGUUUCUAGUAUACAAGAAAAAGAAGAAGAGGCUGCUAGAAAAGAUGCUGAAAUUGAAAAGAAAUUGAAAGCUGCCAAUGACUUAGAGGUUGAAGUAGUAGAGCUCAAGAGAAAAAACAAAGAACUUCAACAUGAGAAGCGGGAGUUGACUAUUAAACUCAAUGCUGCUGAAUCUAGAGUAGUAGAGCUCUCCAAUAUGACAGAGAGUGAAAUGGUUUCCAAGGCAAAAGAGGAGGUCAGUAACCUGAAGCAUACAAAUGAAGACCUGCUAAAGCAAGUGGAAGGACUUCAGAUGAAUAGGUUCAGUGAAGUUGAAGAGCUUGUAUACCUUCGUUGGGUCAAUGCAUGUUUGAGGUAUGAACUCAGGAAUUACCAGGCACCCCAAGGAAAAGUAUCAGCUCGUGAUCUCAGCAAGAGUCUUAGCCCAAAAUCACAAGAGAAGGCUAAGCAGCUGAUGUUAGAAUAUGCUGGAUCUGAACGUGGGCAAGGGGACACAGAUCUUGAUAGCAACUUCUCCCAUCCUUCUUCACCAGGAAGUGAAGAUUUUGAUAAUGCUUCUAUUGAUAGCUCUACUAGUAAAUAUAGUAGUAUAAGCAAAAAAACUAGCUUAAUCCAUAAGUUGAAGAAAUGGGGUAAAAGCAAAGAUGAUUCUAGUGCUCUUUCAUCACCAGCUAGAUCAUUUUCAGGAGGUUCUCCAAGAAGGAUGAGUAUGAGUGUUAAACCUCGGGGUCCACUUGAAACCUUAAUGAUAAGGAAUGCUAGUGAUAGUGUAGCCAUCACUACCUUUGGGCAGAUGGAUCAGGAACCUACUGAUUCUCCUGAAACUCCAAUUACUACUGACAUAAGAAAAGCUCCAUCCAGUGACUCCUUAAAUUCUGUUGCUGCUUCAUUCCAUUUGAUGUCUAAGUCAGUUGAUGGGGCUCUUGAUGAAAAAUAUCCUGCAUAUAAAGAUCGCCAUAAAUUGGCCUUGGCAAGGGAGAAACAUAUCAAAGAAAAGGCUGAGAAAGCAAGAGUGCUGAAGUUUGGUGACAAUUCAAAUUUGAAUAUGACCAAGGCUGAAAGAGAGAGACCUAUAUCUUUGCCACCAAAACUUACUCAAAUAAAAGAGAAGACAAUUGUUUCUGGUAGCACAAAUGAUCAAACUGAUGAUGGAAAGAAUGAUGAUAAUCAAACCAUUAGCAAGAUGAAGCUUGCCCAAAUUGAGAAAAGGCCUACUAGGGUGCCUAGGCCACCUCCUAAACCAUCUGGUGCUGCUGCUGUUAGCACAAUUUCAAAUCCUUCCAAUGGAGUACCAUCUUCUCCUCCCAUUCCUCCUCCUCCUCCAGGUGCUCCACCACGACCGCCGGGUGGACCACCUCCCCCACCUCCUCCCCCAGGAAGCCUAUCAAGAGGGGCAAUGGAUGGUGACAAAGUUCAUAGAGCUCCACAGCUAGUUGAAUUUUAUCAAUCAUUGAUGAAAAGGGAGGCAAAGAAGGAUACUUCAUCAUUAUUAGUUUCUUCAACAAGUAAUGCAUCUGAUGCCAGGAGCAACAUGAUUGGGGAAAUUGAGAAUAGAUCAACAUUCCUCUUAGCUGUGAAAGCUGAUGUAGAAACACAAGGUGAUUUUGUCAUGUCCUUGGCAACUGAAGUUCGAGCAGCCUCCUUCUCAGAUAUUGAUGAUCUUGUCGCCUUCGUGAACUGGCUAGAUGAGGAACUUUCCUUCCUGGUUGAUGAACGAGCUGUCCUCAAGCACUUUGAUUGGCCUGAAGGGAAAGCAGAUGCACUAAGGGAGGCAGCUUUUGAAUAUCAGGAUCUGAUGAAAUUGGAGAAGCAAGUCUCCACCUUCAUUGAUGAUCCCAAACUAUCAUGUGAAGCUGCUCUGAAGAAAAUGUAUUCACUGCUUGAAAAAGUUGAGCAAAGCGUCUAUGCACUCUUGAGGACAAGAGAUAUGGCUAUUUCACGUUACAAGGAAUUUGGAAUCCCAGUAAAUUGGCUCUCAGAUUCAGGGGUUGUGGGCAAGAUAAAGCUUUCUUCUGUACAACUGGCAAAGAAGUAUAUGAAACGGGUUGCAUCUGAACUUGAUAUGUUAUCUGGACCUGAAAAGGAACCAACUAGAGAGUUUUUGGUUCUGCAAGGCGUGCGUUUCGCUUUCCGUGUCCAUCAGUUUGCGGGAGGCUUUGAUGCAGAGAGCAUGAAGGCUUUUGAAGACCUAAGGAACCGCAUCCAUCCCCCUCAAGCUGGUGAAGACAAUAAACCAGAAACAUAGGAUAUCCUUCAGAAGAUUUUUUUCCCCCCCUAAUAAUGGCUACUCAUAUAUAUAUAUAUAUAUGUUUGCCCUUUCAGCUGUAUAUUUCAUUUUGCUUCAAUUUGAAUAGCCUUUACAUACUGGAUGCUAUACCCUUGUAAAAGAAUCAUAUUGUAAUUGUAACUUUGAACUCCAAGAUGAUCCCUGCCUACUUGCAUGUUUUUCCCUUG